AUGGUUCACGUAGUAUUAAUCCGCUUGGUCAUUGCUCUUCGUAUUCGCCCAUUCAUUAAUCGACCCCCACCCCACCUCCUGUUACCAUGGCAAACGGAUGUAUCACCAGCUCGAGGCCGGUUUAAAAAAGCCAGCCACGCACAGUGUAAUGUUACAGAAAUGGCAGCCGGGCUCUGGAAUAGCUCGGGUUUAACGGCCUCCAUUAGGUCCGAGAGACCCGCGUUCAAACACGGAGAGCCCUGUAAACCAAUUACUCCCGUGCAAAGCGUCUUUGCAAGUCUUAAAAUGGCGGAUGGGGAUCAGGCCGUGGUCUCAGCGUUCCGUCUGGGUUGCUAUGGCAACAGAGAUGGGACGCGCGUUUGGCGGCCAUCUUUAAUGAGGGCAAGGGGAAACUUCACUAGCACAGAAAAAAAAAAAAAAAGAAACAAAGACUGGAAAUGGCAUUGUUGUGCAGCUUUUGUUUCCAGCAAUAAAUGAAUUGUAACUACCUGUAUAUACAGUCAUCACUAUGUGGAUUUGAAUAUGUGCAGUAAUUAAGCCACAAGCUGAAUGCCAUGUAUAAAUCAAGGAAUAUGUUGGAUUUGGUUGACCUUUAUCUUUUUUUCUGCAAUGAUUUUCCUGGCUUUAUCAAAUUGUUGUUUCUCCUUAACUGUAGGUGGACUGGGUGGUGACUACUAUUAUAUGAAGGGACCUAGUAGUAAGAAGAAAUGAAUGAACCAAACCCAUCUGCUGCUAUCUCCAUGGCAACAGGAACUACCAAAACAAUACUAUGAAGCAGAGGGUGGCCAAAAGGUAGAGCCUAAGAUGUUGUAGAACUAUAACUCCCAAUAUGCUUUGCCAUUGUAAAGGCUGGCAAAGUAUAAUGGGAAUUGUAAUUCAACAUAAUUCUUGAACUCUAUAUUUUGCCAAUAAAGAAUUCACUAUAUAACUGGCCAUGUGAUAGAUACUAUUGAGUGGUGCUACUACAAAAAGGAUAGGUGUCAUUAGAGCUGCCAGAUCCAUCAUGUUUUCCAGACAUACACUAACCCUUCAUGCCCAUGAGUUGUACAUGAAAAGGUGUUGCCUUGCAGUAUGUGACAUUCAAAGCUGUAAUGUGGGAACUGCAUGGAAUAUUCAAUGUAGCUCCUUUGGAGUUCAUCCUCCAGGAUGGAUUCAUAGAUCGGUUUAUUUUGGUAUGUGGCAUUCAAUGCUGCAUUGGGGAACUGCUUAAAAUAUUCAUUGUAGCUCAUUUAGAGCUCAUCCUCCAGGAUGGAUAAAUCAAUUUACAAUUGGAUUUCUUUUAGUAUGUGGUAUUCAGUGCUGCAAUGGGGGAAUUGCAUGAGAUUUUUAAUGUAGCUUCUUUGCAGCUCAUCCUAUAUGAUGGACAAAUUGAUUCAUAAAUGGGUUGUUUUUGCAUGUGCUGCUCACCAGGAUGCAGGAAAACGUUGUGUACGUAGCAAUCCUAGUACUGAGUUUACAAAUAUAAGUAAUAAAAACCAAAACAAACACUAGGCACAGCAAGAAAAGUCCAUAAAAUAUCUAGCACUGACAUGCAAACAUCCCCUGUGUAAAUAGUGUCAAUACAGACAGCCAGUUAACUGAGACACGAGCCCACACAUAGUUGUGGGAUGUGUUUGGGGGGGGGUCUGACUAGGUCAGCAAAGACGUCAAUUGCUCAGGGUCGCUUUCAGCAUCUUCAACUCCUAUUUAUGGCAAAUCUUGCCCUCAACAAAAAUGGAGGCCGGCGGCGUCAGCAGCGCGCCACGUGACCAGGGCACCCUCUCCUAUUGGCUCAGAGCGUGGCCAGCUGUUCUAGACACUGGCUCCUUAUCCGCCGCAUUUUACCACCUCCUCUAGGCUGCUGCCGAUAAAGCGUGCUCCCCCCUCUGCGCUGCCGUGAUUCACCAGCAUCCUGCAGUCAUGGACGUGGUCAACCAGGUGAGAGAAGGGCGAAUUGGGGGCUUUAAUAAGGGGUGGGGGGGUGGGGGGAGAAAUGACAGACAGGGUGUUAUUGGGAGCCAGGGGGCAGGCUGGCAGGGAGAGCUUAGAUGGCAGAGGGAUCAAGGAGAAGGGACAGAUGGAGGGAUGGGAGGGUAUAGGGAGAGGAAAAAAUAUAUAGGGAGGAGGGGUAGAGAGGGAAGGAUAGGAAGGAGGUGAAGGAGAGAGAGAAGGGGGGGAUGUGAAAAUCAUACCAACACAAAUGUACAGAUAUUACAUAUAAUUCAUAUUAUUAUUAUUAAUAUAGGUCAUCAUGUUCAUAGAGACAUGUCCAAUUUGAAUCAUUCCCUCUGUGUGUCUAGCUACAUACCCCCCCAAAAAUGCAUAUAUAUUUAAUACAUACUAUGCAUUAUCUAUACUAUAUUAUAUAUAUAUAUAUAAUAUAUAUAUAUCUCUGCAAACACACACACAUAUCAACACAUAUAGAUAGUAGAUAGAUAGAUAGAUAGAUAAAUAAAUAAAUAGAUAGAUAAAUAGAUAGAUGAUAAAUAGAUAUAACACACAGAUGCAUACAUGCUUUAAAUGUAUGAAUUACAUCCACUGCAUAUUCACAGCUAACUGAAUCGUCACGCAUAUACAAUGUAUCACGUUUAGAGGCCAUUUAGAAUCUUGGAUUGUGUAGUAUAUUUUCUCUGUGCUUUGUACUGUAAUGCACACAUGUGUCAGCACUGGUGGUAUUGUGUGUAAGAGGGAGGGUUGUAUGUUGAGAUUUCUGUGUCCCCCUUCUUGCUGUAUGUGGGUGUUGUGUAGGGGAUGUUUACUGGAGCCUGCUGUGUGUCUUAGCUGUGACACUGUGUAUCUGUGCUGUGUUUGUAUAUUGAGGAGAGGUCGGCAUUUCAGCACCCUGGACAGGGAAACAGCAGGUGAAAUCAUGUAAGAAGGACUGUCAAGCUGCCUGUCUAUUCUAAAUGUUUAUUCUAUGUCCUUCAGCUGGUGGCAGGGGGUCAGUUUCGGGUAGUGAAGGAGCCUCUGGGAUUUAUCAAAAUUCUGGAGUGGGUGAGUCUCGAUCUGUAAUAUUUACAAACGUAUCCAUUUGUCAUUGAUAUUAUGUUCAUUUAAAUGUGUCAGAAAAUUGAUUUUUAUUCUUUUUAAAUUAAUGCAAAUUUAUACUGGAUUUUCAGGGUAGGCCCCUGCAUUCUGUAAGAUACAUUUUUUUAGUGUAUUUGAUUACUCUUUUUUGUCAGGCCUGUAUAGCUAUUGGUUGCAUUUCUAUUUUUCCCCUAUUGUAAAAUAACUGAAACCUGGAAGCAUUUAAUUAUGCAUUAUUUAAUUGGGGAUAUAUCUAAAAACACCUUGCAAACCUGCAGAUUUUGCAAGCCCUUCCCUUCUAACCCCACCCAGACUUUCAGUGGCUGUCCAAUCACAGACUUCCCAAUACAGCUCAAUGAGAAAUCUUUGCUAGGCAGGUGCUCUGGGCCUCUUGAGUUUAGCUUCAUUGAGCUAACCAAACCAGGAAGUAACAAGACCCUUUUUUGAUUGACAGCCAGACGGGUUGUAGCAAGGUUAAUUUAUAAAACUGUCAGUUUCUAUUAAAAUUUGCACUUUUCCUAUAAUGAGGAAAGAGAGCAAAGGCUAUUUACACAUAAAGCACUUCAGAAAGCUAAAGUGCCAUAGGUAUUUGGAGUAUUCCUUUAAUUAAACUGGGAACACACAAGGAAAUUGAUAAUUUUAGGGCAAAAUAGCUAAGAUGGUAAAUUAUCUGAAUUAGAGAAUGUUUGCAAUUUUUAUAUUUUGGCUACAAGUUUACAAUUACCUUAAAGGGGCAGUCUAAGCACCAUAACCAUUACUGUGAAUUGUAGUGGUUGUUGUGCCAGGGGUCCUGCUUUCCCAGUUCAAUUCGACUUUGACAAUUUCAAUUUUGACCUACUUUGGACACCAUUAAUUGGCUGAAAUAAUGGAGAUUUUGAAAACAUAAAUGGCAGAGGAAUUUAAAAAUCAUACAUUUUUAAGAGAUAUAUCUACUUUAUUAUCAACAAAUUAUUUUUUUGCAAACAACAUAAACAGCUUUUCCGGUGCUAAUUUGCUCUUAUAUACAGAUUUAUAAAAUAUGAAGAAAAAAUAUUUGAAGUGUAGACUUUACAGUUCUCUUUGGAUAAUUUAUUUUAUUUCCAUUCAAGAAUCACUGUCAUAUUAAUAUUAUUAUUGAUAUUUAUAAAAUUCAUACCUAUUACUCCUAGAGUAAUACCAAUUCAUCUAUUCAUCACUUAUACACACUAUCUAUCUAUCUAUCUAUCUAUCUAUCUAUCUAUCUAUCUAUCUAUCUGUCUCUAUCCAUCUCCUUCUAUCUAUAAAAAUAGUGUACAGAUUUCUUUCUGUGAGUCCCGAGAGCUGUGUGCUCUCACACCCUGGGCUACACUGUAAUCCUCUUUAUUUUGUGCCAUUGCCAAGGCUCUAAAAAUACCCCUUUGUAUCUGUGGAGAUGCUGUAGGUCAUAGUCCUGCUCCGGAUUAUCACCAGGAUAAAACCAGUGCAGUCUGCCCACUGUGAGCCCACACAGAGAUAGACAGACAUCACACACAGCCCAGUCUGCACUCUGCUGUUCCUUAACGUAAUUAUUGUUACAGCGCCCGGAAACAACAUUCCAAAAAUUGUGAACAAUCUAUUUUGACGCCAAGGUGCUAAUUCUUAACCAGUUAUUAGCUUAGAGAUGUAAAACAAAAAAAAGUAUCAUUCAACCUUUGGCAAUCUAAUAGUAAUACUUUAUGCAAUUAUCAUGGAUAAUCCUUGGGUCUGAGUGUCUAGCUUGCUGUAAUAGUGGCUAAGCAUCAUGGGAAAUGUAGUCCACAACCCCUGGAUUAGGUUAGCCUUCCCUUUUCUAUGGGCACAUGAUUCUGUUCUAGAAUGUGCUAUAGAGUGGUUAGUAAAUAUGAGCCUGAUUAUCUUACACCCACUCCCCAUCAUCUUAAGGUUUGGCAGCAGAAUAGGGAGACAUAUUGUGCCUUCCUGCUGAUGUAACGUUACACCGAAGAUCUUGUUUUUGCAUGCAGUACUCUUAAAAGUGAGUUAAUGCUUUGUUAACCAGCAUCCGCUCAAUGCUGCUUAAUGCAUAGUUACCAGUAGACUUCUCACCACUGCAUGUGCUAGAGGCACCCCACCGUGUUCCCGUGGCAGCACUUUUUAAUGAGAUAUGACUGUGGAAAAACGACGUAACUAAUGAUUGAAAAUAAACGUUGUCACAUAUGAAAUGAGAAAAGUUAUUGAUUUGCUUCUUGCUUUUUCCCUGUAAUUUCUUUACACAUAUAUUAUGAUCUGUAUGUACUAAUCCAUACUUAAGGGAACAAAGGGAGAUCCUUUUUUGGAUAAUAUUUUAUCUAGAGAGCAUCUAGCUCUCAUCUUUUUAACAAUUUAUGUUUAGUGGUUGUUUGACAUUUACAUUUAUUUACACAAGGUGAUAAUUUAUAAUUUGGGUGUUUAAAUAUAUUUCGUUUCAUUUUGUUCUACAGUAACUAAUAAACGUUAAGAUUUAUCAAAUAUACACUUUAAGUGCUCCUGAUAAUUAGGGACAAACUAUUGUCCCCUCAGAAACUCCUGCCUUUGUUCGCUUAAGUAUUGAUUCAAAAUAAAGGGGUUAACCCCCACUCAGGAGUAUAUACUUCUAUUUGCGCAAUUCUUGAUUAGUAUGUACUAAUCCUUUUCAGAUGCCCCUAUGUCCCUACUCUAAUAUCCAUGUUAUGUUUUAGGGCAGGGGUAGGCAAUCUUUGACACUCCGGAUGUUGUAGACUACAUCUCCCCUGAUGCUUUGCAGCCAUUAUGGCUAUAAAAGCAUUAUGGGGUAUGUAGUUCACAGCAUCUUGAGGUCUAAAGGUUGCCUACCUCUGCUUUGGGGUCAUGUUUUUAGACCAGUCUCAAGGGACCAUAGGAUUUAUCAAUUUCCCCACUGGAACAGAGCAGAGUAAUCAUUAAAACCAAGGUUAUAGUCUCUGAAGAUUUCUUUUGUUCUACUAGGAUAAUCAUUCAAACCAAGGUUAUAUUCUCUGAAAAUUCCUUUGUUCUAGAGCCUUCUCCGUGUUUUUCCUUUAUAUUUCCCUCAAAUUCUCUAGAGUCCAUGGUUUUUUCUCUCCAUUACUCCCAACCACAAUCCCCACAUUCAUUAUUUCAGGAUCUUGUCUUUGGUUUUCUCUGUAUGUUUUACCUUCUUGCUUUUCUCAUUAGUGUAAUCAUUUCUUUCUAGACUGCUCCACAUUCCACACUCUCUAGACUGGUUUACACUUCCUUUAUUCCUGUCUUUUCCUUAUUAACGAUUUUUUUUCCAUGUCAACUGGUUUUUUCUUCCUCUGUGUAUCUGUGUUUGUCUUUCUAGGCAGCUGUUUCAUUCUAGUACUCCCUGUUUCUCUUCCUAAAUGUGUUUCUUAUAUCUCACUUUCCUUUAUAAAUGAUUUCUUAUUAUAGGUUGUCUUUCCAUCCAACAUUCCACCAUUCUUCUCCUCUUUCACCGACUCCUUAUGUUUAAGGAUUUUUUGGUUUCCCAGACUCUCUCUGUUAGGAUCACCUUGUCUCUUUCUGGACCCCUGUCUCUGUUUUACAGCUGUUCUCUAUCUUUGCCUUCGCAACUUGUGGAAGUUAUUCCGGACAGUUCAGUCUGAGCAUUGAAUGUACCAACAAAAAUGAAAGCAAGCCGAACAUUAAAGUGGACUUUGAAUACCCCUUUAAGUGAGUAGGAGCAGUAAAUCUGAGUCUUGUUGCAAAUCUUAUUACUUAUUCCUUUACUUCACGUUGUACUAUUUAAGCUACAUGUAUAAGUUGUUUUUUUUUUGUUUUGUUUUUCGGGUUUUGUUCUCUCAAAUUACUUCUCUCAAUCUUUUUUAUUCUCUGUUGUCCCUCCUUCUCUUAUGACUCGUUGACCUGCCUUUCAAAACCUAUAAAUAUCUAAAGUUGCUAUUUAUUUUGUUGUUACUUCUUUUGUAUUUUAACAAGACUUAGCGACCUGUUUGCGAACUAAUUCCACUUUACAUUUUCAUUUUCCACAGGCUGCACCAGGAGUAUUUUGAUGCCCCCACUUGCCAAGGUGGAGCAUCUACCCAAGUCUUUUUGGUCGGAGAUUACUCAUCCUCUGCAGAAUUCUUUGUCACGGUGGCUGUCUUUGCCUUUCUUUACUCGCUCGGGGCGAUGGUUAUGUACAUAUUCCUACAGAACAAAUAUCGUGAGAACAACAAAGGUCCCAUGAUUGUAAGAUAAUCCAUAGAGGCUCAGGAGAAUCCAGAUUAAAAUAUUCCAUCAAACGUGGGGUUAAGUGGUUGUGGUGGGAAGGGACACACUGCUCCUUUCUAUAUCCAUCCUAUGGCUAUCCUACUUCUCCUCCAAUACCUUUACAUCCAAUGGCAUCUUAUUCUGCCCAUCCGUUGUCUUACCCUACCCUCUCUUUCCCUUCCGCUACCCUUUCCUUUGCCAUCUACUACACCAUUUAUUUCCAACCCAUCUUACUCGCUAUCCCUCUCUUCUACUGUCUACUCUUCCUCCUUAGGACUGCAUAGUGACAGCUGUUUUCACCUUCCUAUGGCUGGUCAGUUCCAGUGCUUGGGCCAAAGGCCUGUCUGACAUCAAGCUUGCAACCGAUCCUGAACUUGUCAUGAAAAGCCGGAUCCCUGCAUGUGAGAAAGAUGAAGCAAAGUGUCAGGAGCUGAGUGAUCCUGUUAUGUCUGGGCUUAAUACCUCUGUGGUGAGUAAUUGCUACGGUCCCCAUUGCUCUGGUAUCUUGAUGGCAACCCUUUAAGCACCACUGCCAUCAAGUGGUCACAUUGUGUAUUAUUGAAUUAUUUUAUGAUAGUGAUUCAGGAUGGAUUUUUUUUUCCUGGUAUUUAAUUUCCGUCCUGUUCGAUUGAAUAACUCAAAUGAGCUUCCCAUGGAGAAAUUGAGAACUACAGUGCAUAUACAUAUAAAUAUAAAAGUAGAGAUUCACCCAAAAAAAAUAAUAGAAUCUGAAAAUCUCUAUAUGGUAUUUUACUUAAAAUAUGUUUUCCUAUGCAUCAAACUCUUCAAAACCCUGGACUAGAUUUUCAAAAUAAUAUUAAUAAUAAUAAAUGGACAAGCCAAUCAGUAUAGGAAGAUCUAGUACAUUUUGCCAAUCAGGAAGAGGAGAUGCGGUGCAUGCUGACAAACUACAUCUUCUAAGCGUGAAAAGCAACUCUAUCCAAAUAUGUUAUUAAGAAAAUUUAAGAAUCAAUGGUCCCAAAGAAUGUGAAGUGGUUAUAUAGGAAAAAAUGUGUAGCUUUUGAUUUUACCUUGCAUCUUUAUGUGGUUGUGCCUUGUAUAUAAUCUAUGGGACUGUACACUGUUUAAUUAUGAAGGUAAUACAAUUACAUAUCUAUGGCUAAUUGUAAACAUGGGAUAUUUUGAUCAUGGACAUUUACGCUGGCAUCAAUAAUCAUUACUGCAACAGAAACUACAAGCUUAUCUGCCUUAUCUUAUUUGUUCCUUGUACCAGUGAACACAGAGAGGUCUAAUCACUAAUGUCCAGAUAUUUAUCUCCUCAUACUUAAUAUGGAGAGUUUAGGGGGCUCCCUCUUUGGGCGUUUAGUAGUUCAAUGAGCAGCUGAACUAAAGUGGAAUUUAUCUCAAACACAGUUACAUCCGAGUUCAUUUGAAAACAGCUAAGCUGGAACUUCCUGUUUGAAAUGAUCAAGUGUUUGGCACUUUUGAGAAACUAAUUAGUGCAUUUUAUUGAAAUUGAACUUAAAGUAACAAGAAUGUAUCUAUCACACUACUUAUACCAGUACAACAACUUAUUAUCUACAAUUCAGCAUUUACACAAUUGCCCACUCACAAUGCCCCUAGCAUUGCAGGAUGUCUAUACUGUCCUAAUGUGUUUUACACCCCACCUCCUAUAGAAUGUAAGCUCGAUUGAGCAGGGUCCUCUUCAACCUAUUGUUCCUGUAAGUUUAUUUGUAAUUGUCCUAUUUAUAGUUAAAUCCCCUUUCAUAAUAUUGUAAAGUGCUACGGAAUCUGUUGGCGCUAUAUAAAUGGCAAUAAUAAUAAUACAGGAAGUGGUGGCUUAUGCUGGAAUGCAGAGCUUGAUCAACCAGAGUCAUGACACGGAAAUGUACCUGGCUCGGAGUAUGUGUCUCAUUGCCAUGUUGUGGGAGUUGGCUGACCCGACUUCCUCUCACUCAUAAGCGGUAUCAUGAUUGACAGACCCAGGAGAAAGUGACAUAAUGUCACAUAAUUCCAGCACUGUGAGGUAGGAUGCUACGAGGGAGAGCAAUAAAGCUGUUUCUGCUGCUGGUAAUGCAGAGAUAGCGUGUUCCCCAAUUGACAAUGCAGACAUUCUAAUCCCUUUUUCCCUCCUCAACCCCUAGAGAAAGGAACACACGAGAGAUGAGUCAUAGUAAACAUUCUAUUGCAAGUGUGUGUGUGUGUACAUCCAUAGAGAAUCUCAUUUUAAAAUAUAACUUUUAAUAGAGACAUUUAAAACGUCCCACAGGGGGAUCUAUAAAUCUAAUCCAAAUAUGGGGUGCUCUAGAAUAACAAGAAGUGAAAAAUAGAGAUGAAAAUGAGACAUACUAAAGAGAAAGAAUAGUUAUAUAUAACUGUUAAUGCUGAAGUAUCAAUGUAUCUCUCUAAAUGGAUGGGCUUCAAUUGAUAUCAGUGAUAAACAUUACACAUUUAGGGAGAUAUGGAUGGAUGUAGGUAUAUUUUAGUUUAAACAUUAGAUAGUAAUGUAUCAAAUGUCCCACUGGACACCAUGAAAAAUAACUAUUGCAACAAUGUAUAACAAAGCCCUGUAAGGGAUAAAUUACAUACCGAGCAGGUUGAAUGUUUACCCUAAAAAAAUAGUAUAGAUAAGGGUAAUUUGAACCUACAGACCGAUAUCUGUGAAUUCAUGGAUGGGAGCACAGGGAGGGUGAAUGCACCGGUUGAUCCCUAAAUUUGUCUAGUAAUUAAAAUAGAAAUGUCUAAUCCCUGCAUAUUUGACAACCGGCACAUGUCCCUUCCAUGUAUCCAGAUCCAAUUAAGAACAUUGAAGGGGUAAUCUUUUAAAAAGGAACUGUCCAUAAUGAGAUUGUUGUACAACCCAAUACCGCUCCAAAGGUUGGCCUGUUGUAGUGUUUAUGAUGCCAACGUUCCCCUGGUGCCAUCCCCCAAUUCUUUGUCAAACCGUUUUCAAGCAGGUUGCCACAAACCAAGGGCUUGGGUCAGCCCAUAGCUCUCAACCUGUCAUUGGUAUGUGACAGCACUCCUAGACCACAGCAUCAUAACUACUACAAUGAGUUGUAGUGCCUACAGUGCUUGGAAUGCCACUCGAAUCUUCAUUACAGGCUUUUGAGAUUAAAAGAUACGGAUUGUAGGUACUAAUCACAAUGACCAUGCAAGUGUACACAUUGUGAUUUCUCAUUUUUACCAUGUCUGUUACUCAUUGCUGGGCCACUGUAUUGAUUUACUAAUUCCAUUUUCACAGGCCUUUGGAUUUUUGAACUGCAUCCUGUGGCUGGGAAACCUCUGGUUUGUAUUUAAAGAGACUGGAUGGACAGCUCCAUUCAUGAAGUAUCCUCCACCACCCCAGGAGAAACAGCCAGCUCCUGACACUUACACCCAGGCACAGGGAUAUGGUCAGCAAGACACGUAUGGACAGCAAGCUGGAUACCAGCCCGACUACUAUGGCCAGCAACCCGACUACAAUCAACAGGGUUACACCCAACCGGCGGGAUACACCCAACAAGGCGUCCCCACCUCCUUUUCCAACCAGAUGUAG